AUGUGGUACUCCGUCUGCACCGGCAGCCUAGCAAUCCUCACAAUCACAUACCUCAUCUCCUCCCACACCAGGAACAAAGUCCGUCCCUCCUUCUUCAUAUCUGCACACCGAAUCCUCGACUCACCCUUUCUCGCAGCGCCAAGAACAUCACCAGUCCCUCCUCCAACGAGGAGAUGGCUGCAAACCCCCCCGGAUCAUCCCCAACAAGUGGUGGCCCCCCUUCGGCCUCGAUAAACUCGCCCUGGUCCUCCAGGCCGAGGGAAGCAAGACAUAUCCGCUUCUGAUGCUGCAGGAGCACGAAGCCAAGGGCGACACGUACGCCCAAUUCGGCGGACCCGUCUUCACCGUCCUUACGCGGGAUCGAGGGAAUAUCCGGGAGGUGCUGAGUCGACAGCAGAAGAGUACGUAACGAAACGAAUGUGCCCUGAAAUUUUUCCCGAAUUCGCGCCCUUUCUUUUUUUGUAUUGACGUGAAGGGAGUUGCAGAUUUCGAUAUCGGUUCCGCGCGUGCGGGAUGCGUGGCGCCUUUACUCGGCGAUGGCAUCUUCACGCAGGACGGCUCGAAAUGGGAGAGGUCGAGAAGGAUGCUGGCGCCUCUGAUUCAACGACCUACGCUUCCGGAUCUGGAUCUGAUUGAGCGGCAUUUCCAACGACUUCUCGGCAAGAUCAAGAGGGCCCAUGCGGCGACGGCGGCGGAGCAGACCAUCGAUCUCAAACCUUUCCUGUUUGAUUUCAGCCUCGAAACCACGACGGAAUUCCUCCUGGGCAAUCCUCUCGACGGGGAAAAUGCCCAAGACCAAUCCUUCUGGUCCGAUUCCUUCGCCAGGGAAUUCAAUACUGCCUUUGCGUGGAUUUCGAAACGGGAACGGUUGAAGGGGUUCUACUGGAUGAUUGACGGCAUAAAAUUCCGACAAGCCUGCCGACGAGCUCGGAAGAUUGUCCACGACGCCAUUACUCGGUCGAUGGGAAGGCUGCGAGAACGCCCGCCGAGGGAAAAGGAAACCCACGUCGCCAUGGAACCUCUCUUCCGCAACAAGGAAGGGGAAGUGCAGAUGAUCCGAGACCAAUUCCUCAAUCUUCUGUUGGCCGGGAGGGAUACGUCUGGAAGUCUACUCUGCUGGACCUUUUACGCCCUCGCGCGGGAACCAGGAAUCGUGGCUGCUCUUCAGAAAGAGAUGAAAAACAUUCUCGGACCUGGGUUGGGACGUGAGCCGACCAAGGGUGAUCUCAACCGCAUGCCCAUCCUGGACCGCUUCAUCACCGAAAGUAUCGUAUCUCCUCUAACCCAUCAUUUUAAAUGAAUGCCAAAGCCCUCCUCAAACUGACUCGAUCGAACCGUUCAUAGCACUCCGCGUCUUCCCUCCCGUCCCCAUCAACGGCCGCUUCAGCAACACCGCCACCACCCUCCCCCACGGCGGCGGUCCGGACGGCAGUUCUCCAAUUCUCGUCCCCAAGGGCACACUCGUAGCCUUCUCCACCUUCGCGGUCCAUCAUGACAAGAACGUGUACGGGCCCGACGCAAGCGAGUUCCGCAUCGAUCGAUGGACGGACGAUGCCAUCAAGGAGAGGCGAAUGAUUGACUGGUCUUACUUUCCCUUCCUUGGGGGUCCACGAAAGUGUCUCGGGGAGAGGUUUGCGUUGGUGGAGGCCAAGUAUCUUGUUGUGAGAAUGUUGCAGUAUUUCGAGAGUAUUGUGGCUGUGAAUGAGAAUGGAGCGGAAGAGACGGUUGCGAAAGAUGGGGCUUGGGUUGAUGACGUGAAGUAUCAUGUUGGGCUGACGAUGUCGCCGGAUGAGGGUGUCUGGGUGCGUCUCAAAUCUUCUUCUUAG